GACGCGGCCACCGUACCAGCGUCACAUAGGGAUUCCCGAGUACGCAGGAGAAACAUCACAGUAGAUCCAAACAGAGGUCUGAAACCCUGAGAUCCUACUCAAAUUAUAACAUUAUAUCAUUAUAUUAAAUCUCGAGAGGAGCAGUGAUCAUGUCAGACAGAGGAGACGUGGAUUUAACCGGAGCUAAACAAAACACUGGGGUCUGGUUGGUUAAAGUCCCGAAGUAUUUGGCUCAACAAUGGGCCAAAGCACCUGGACGUGGAGAAGUCGGAAAACUCCGAAUCGGGAAGAACCAGGGGAAGGCGGAGGUGUCUUUCACUCUGAACGAGGAUUUGACUACGAUAGAAGGAAUGGGGGAAAAGGCAUCUAUGGUGCGAGCGCCUCGGGAACACCCGUUCACCCUGCAGACGGUCGGUGGACAGACCCUGACUGUCUUCACUGAGACGUCCUCAGGCCAGUCAGAUGCUGAGGGCAGCGGUUCAGGUACUGGUACAGUCCCAGACAAAUUGGCCCUGGAGGGCGUGGUGGUGCAGAGAGCCGAGUGCAGACCAGCCGCCAACGAGAACUACAUGAGAUUGAAAAGGCUCCAGAUCGAAGAGUCGUCGAAGCCACACCGGUUUUCUCAGCAGCUGGAAAAAGCCGUCACAACUAACUACAAACCUGUUGCCAACCAUGCUUAUAAUCUGGAUUAUGAGAAAAAGAAGAAGGAAGAAGGCAAAAGAGCUCGAGCAGACAGGCAGCAGGUGCUGGACAUGCUCUUUUCUGCCUUCGAGAAGCACCAAUUUUACAACAUUAAAGACCUUGUGGACAUCACCAAACAGCCUGUGAUUUACCUGAAGGAGAUCCUGCGUGACAUCGGCAUCUACAAUGUGAAGGGAACUCACAAGAACACCUGGGAGCUGAAGCCUGAAUACAGACAUUACCAGAACGAGGAAAAGAGUGACUGAUCAGCUGAUCAUCAAUUCACUUUCCAUAUCGUCUUGACUCAAUAUAAUGGAGGCAGCCCGUAGACUGGUUGCUAUGGAAACAAAUCUCGUCUCCUCAAUACUGCAUAGUAAAACUUUUUUUGUGUAGGCAUUUUUUUUCUUUUAAGUGUAAUGUUUUUACACCAUUUUAUAGACAAAAAAAACCAUGUGGGACAUUACGAUUAUGCUGCUGUAGCUUUGGGGACUUUUGCAGAAUAUUGAGGCAGAGAGGUGACUGAUGAAGAACAUCCUGUAAACAAACCCAUUCAUUUUUUUUUUAUGAUUUUAGCAUCAGUUUUUAAUGUACUGUAUACAUACCUGUAAUAAAUGUUUAGUACAAAAAUGUAA